AUGGCAACGCCACAGCCUUCUAUCAACGAUCUCGCAGCCAAGAUCAGCGAGCUCUCGGCCGAAUUCACUCGCUUUUUGGGUGACAACAAGAUUCCCCAGCCCACGUUUGCCGCAGACAGCGUGACAAGCUACGAUGGUCUCACUUCAGAGGCUUUCCUGCUCCGGCAAAAGUUGCUGGACGCUGCGGCGGAUCUCUCUUAUCUGGUUUCAGGGCCUAGUGAGAGUAUUUUCAACUAUGCUCAUAACUGCAUGCCAGACGCCACAACGCUUAACAUCCUCAACCACUUCGACUUCUGGUCCGCUGUGCCACUAGACGGCUCGGCCUCCUACCCCGACAUUGCGAAGCACACCGACCUGCCAGAGGAGGUUGUACACCGCGUUCUUGAGCACGCCUACACCUUGCGCAUCUUCGAGGAAACUGAGCCCGGCAAGCCCUUUACCACGCGCGUGCAACACACGGCUAGGUCGGCUGCUCUGGUGAAGAACGCCGGUCUACGCGCCCUCGUCGCGACUCUCAUGAACGACGCCGGCCCACCGAUGACGGUUUUGCAUGCGGCGCUGGAGAAGUUCCAGCGUGGCAAGAAGGAGCUGAAAGAGGACAUGAGAGAAACGGCGUUCACGUUGUACCACUCUGGCGCGCUCUGCGGUGGGUACAACAACUCUUGGGAGCUGCUCGAAAACGAUGGCGAGGGCGAGAAUAAGGGUUGGCGCCAGAGGAACUUUGUGCAGUUCAUGAACUACAUCAAAGAGAUCUUCCGACUGGAGGGACUAGUCAACGAUGCUUACGAUUGGAAAGCUGCCGGCGACUUCAGCGUUGUCGAUCUUGGCGGAUCCGGGGGCCACGAUAGUUUCGUGCUGGCAAAGAAUUUCCCCAACCUCAAGAUCACGGUACAGGACCUGCCCAACUGCCAAUCUUCUUUCGACAAAAACAUUCCGGAAGAGCUCAUGGGUCGUGUUACCUUCCAACCGCACAGCUUCUUUGAGCCGCAGCCCUUGCAGGCGGAUCUGUACAUGAUCAAACUGAUCCUCCACGAUUGGCCCGAUGCGGAAUCCGUCAAGAUUCUUCAAGGCCUCAGACCGGCUCUCCGCCCGGGUGCGAAGGUCCUGUUCAUCGACUACGUCGGAAAGCAGGGCGAUGUUGAGGAGAACGCAGCGGCUGCCGCCGCGCUACCCAAAUCCAUCCAGCAGAUGGGUACCUCGACGGACCUGAGAAUGAUGGCUCUAUUCAGUGCCAAGGAAAGACCUGUGGAUGCGUGGAGACAACUGUUCAAGAAGGCGGACGAGAGGUACGAACUGCAGCGUGUUGAGGCGAAUCCUCUGUCAUUCUUUGUCAUUAUCGAGGCCGUUUGGCGUGGUUGA